UUUGUAGUGCUUCUCUUUUUUGUGGCUAUUAACUGCAAAAAAAACAGUAAUAUGCAACCAAUUCAUAACUGUUUUGAUACAAUUCUAUAUAUCACAUAUCAUGAAACGUUAGUAAUACAAGACCCAGAGCUUAUAGAGAAUAUAUAAGCAACUAAAGAUGUCUAGUCCUUUUUAUUCUCCAAGUUUUAAUUCUUCAUCAUAUCAACUAGAGAAAAACAAUUAUGGCUAUAACAAUCACUGAAGGUAUUCAAAAUACCAAUACUGAUCAAACAGUAAUGAUGACUUUAACAUCAACCUAUACCCUUGGCACUUCUCCUACCACCACUGCACCUUCAGUUAAAACUACCAAUAAGUCAGUUACUGCACCACAAGAUUUAUUUAAUGAUGCUAGCAUUGUUAUAGUUGAAACUGGUGCUCAAGAAACUGAUCCUCAAGAAACUACAAUAUAUGUUUCACAAGCUCCAACAGUAGCUGCUUCACUAGUUGGCCAAGUGAUAAUCACAGAUCCCGAAAGUAUAGAAUAUCCAAGUGUUACUGAUCCAUCUUCAACAUUUUCAACAUCAUAUGUAUCUUCAACUACUACUAAACAUUCGGUGUCAACUACAUCAACUCAACUGAGUUCUUCAGCAUCUUCAAGUUCAAUGGAAGAUUUGUCAAGUUCAUUAUCGGGUUCAGGUUCAAGUUCUUUGAGAUUAGGUUUAGCUAUUGGACUUCCUGUUGCUAUUGUUAGUUUAUUCAUAAUUUUGAUAUUAGCUUUUAUAUUUCUUAAAAAGCAUAAGUUUAAAGAUGUGAAACAAAAAAUGAUGCCUUAUGGUUCAGAAUUCUUCAGUUAUAAUAAAGAUAGUAAUAGGAAUGAUGAUGAAGAGAAAGAUGAUGAUGCAAGUACUAUCCCAACCAGAGGUAAUUAUUCUGCCAAUAGUCCAAUAUUAAACUUACAACAUCAAACUAGAAACGCUAAUAAUAGAAAAUCAAUUGGUUAUAAACUUAGAGAUAGAAUCAGUAGAGUUAUGAAUUUUGGUGAUUACAAUCCAGAACAAGAAGAAGAUGAAAUUAACUCAUACUAUCAAAGACAACAACAGCAACAAUCUCAACCUUCUAAAUCUAAUUUCAGAAAUUCAAUAAUGUCACCUAUGUUUCUUAAACGUUUUAAUUUAAGUAAACCACCACCACCAGUAGUCUUAAAGAACAGGCAAUUAAGUACGGACUCCACUCCCAUUGAAUCUAAAUUCGUAUCUUAUCCAUAUCCUGAAAUUGUGGCCGGUUCAAAUAGAUCUAAACCACAACAUAAAAGAAACUAUUCCAUUCCUCCUGUUGUUGUCCCAGUAUCACAAGAUCAAAGUCUUGAUCCUACUCAAGGUGGUAUUUCAAAUAGUCCGCAAUUUAAGGAUAAAUUAUAUAUGGUUGUAAAGCCAUAUACCAAGAAUCUACAUGAUGAAUUAACAAUCAAGAUUGGUGAUAAAGUAGUGGUAUUGAAUGAACAUUCUGAUGGUUGGUGUAAAGUUAAGAUGAUUAGAAAGGGAGAUGAUUAUUAUAAGAAUUUAGCUAGUUCAGAUGAAGGUAUGAUUCCUAAAGUUUGUUUACAAAGAAUAUAAAAAACUAUAAAUCCAUAAAAAAGUUCUUAAUACAUUGAUAUACAUACAUACAUAUAGUUUUUGAGUAUAAAAAAAAAACAAAUAUAAAAU